AUGGCUGGAGGUGCAGUUAUUUCACCUCCAUCAUCGAAUCAUGCGUAUCUUAAAGGUCGUCAACUUAUAUUUCCUUUAUGUUUAGCUAUUUCAUUAUUUUUUCUUUGGGGUUUCUCAUAUGGUCUUCUCGAUGUAUUAAAUAAACAUUUUCAAAAUGUUCUUAAAAUUACAAGACUUGAAUCUACAGCAUUACAAAUUGUUUAUUUUGGUGGUGGUUAUUUUUGUUUUUCACCAAUUGCUGCUGAAUUACUCAAACGUAAAGGUUACAAAACUACUAUUGUUAUGGGUUUAGCUCUUUACGCAUUGGGUGCUAUUGGUUUCUGGCCAACUGCUCAUUAUUCUAAUCCAAAUAAUGCUAAACAAGCAUUUGGUGGUUUUAUUGUUUGUACAUUUGUUAUUGCUUGUGGUCUUGCUACAUUAGAAACAUCAGCAAAUUCAUAUGCUACUAUUAUUGGUGAUCCUAAAUCAGCUUCUAUGCGUUUACAAUUUUGUCAAUCAUGGAAUGGUGUUGCUUCAUUUAUUGGUCCACUUAUUGCUUCAAGACUUUUUUUCUCAAGUGAAAAUGCUGAUAAUCUUGAUAAUGUCAAAUAUGUAUACAUAGCUGUUGCUUGUUCUGCAGUAUUAGUUGCUAUUUUGUUCAUCUUUUCUAAAUUACCAGAAGUCAUUACAGAUGAUGAAGAUUCGACAGGUACUACAAACGAUAAUAAACCAAUAUGGAAACAAUAUAAUAUGAUUUUUGCAUUCAUAGCAGAAUUUUGUUAUGUUGGUGCUCAGGUCACUAUUGGUUCAUUUUUUAUUAAUUAUGCUACUGAAAAUGCUGACUUUACAGAUCCCGAAGCUUCAAAUCUUUUAUCAUAUGCUCUCAUCGCAUUCACUGUCGGUCGGUUCGUUGGUACUGCUCUAGCACAUUUUUUUCAAGCUGAUUUAAUUCUUCUGGUCUAUUCAAUAAUUAGUAUUGUCUUAUCGGCUUAUACAUCUUUUGGUUAUGGCCGUUCUGCUGUUAUUGUUCUUAUGGCAUUAUAUUUCUUUGAAUCACUUAUGUUUCCAACUAUAUUUGUUAUGGGAACAACUAAUCUUGGUCGUCAUACUCGACGUGGAGCUGGCAUACUUAUUAUGGGAGUUUCGGGUGGUGCAGUCUUUCCACCUAUUCAAGGUGCUAUAGCUGAUGUAUAUUCAACUCGUAUUUCAUUUUUAGUACCAACAGUUGGUUUUAUUGUUGUUUUAGCCUAUGCACUUUUUCAUUGGAUUAAACAUGGAUUGAAAAUAAGACGUAUAUCUGCAAUUAUUGAUUUACAUGAUAUUCCUACUGCUGAACAAAAAAGAGCAUCGAUUAUUAUUACUCCAGAUACUGCCAAUACAACUAUUGAAAGUCAACAUGGUAAAACAAUGUCAAUGAAUAUAGCUGAAAAUGAAAAUCGCAAAGUAGAAUUUAUUAAAAUACAAUUAAAACAUACGUUUCAUCCACAUGGUAAAUUUCAUUUAUAUUAUAAAGGUCGACAUAUUAAAUCUCGACAUAAACUAUGUUAUUAUGGUAUAACCAGUAAUGAACAUAAUAUUCAAAUUAUUUUGUAUUAA